AUGAUAUCAAGUAGUAAUAAAAAAAUAGCAUAUGUAACAGGUGCAACGGGGUUUUUAGGAACUCAUAUUGUAGAACAAUUAAUUAAAAAAGAUUAUAUUGUUUACGCUCUAUAUCGUUCAAAUGAAAAAGCGGAAAGAUUAAAGAAGAAUAUCGAAGGUGAUGGAUAUUCUUGUGAUCAGUUACACAUGGUAAAAGGUGAUAUCACUGACUUGGAAUCACUUAUCAAUACAAUUCCACAUGAUCCACAAGUUGAUAUCCUCUUCCAUACAGCAGCUUUAGUUUUUAGUGAGCAAGCAGGACCUGCUGCCAUCACCCGACAAAACAAUACCAAUUUGGGUGGCACUUCCAAUAUACUUCAAGCUGCCAUUCAACGUGGAGUUAAGAGACUAGUAUAUACUUCGUCUAUUUCCACAUUUAUAGGUGCGGCUGGAACACCAGGUGAUGUAGUCAUCUCAGAGUCAACGCCUCAAAUAAUGAGUAAUCAUAAUUGGAAUUAUGUAAACUGUAAAUAUCAAGCUGAGCAAUUGAUUAGAAAUUGUAAUUGUCCAACUUUGGAAACAGUGGUACUAUGCCCACCCUAUAUCAUUGGAAGAUUCGACGAAUCAAACAUUAGCCUGUCUAUUAAAAUGGUCGAAGCCGGGACUUUAAAUAAAGCACCAAAUAGAAAUGCUGUUUUCAUCGACGUUGAAGAAUGUGCAAGAGUUCAUGUAGUGGCUGGCGAAACCUCACCAAAUGGAUCAAUCUAUGUAUUAGGUGGAGCAGAGAGCAAUUGGAAAAACUUUAUGGUAGUUUGCAAUCGAGUGUUUGGUAAAGACAAUCCAGAGAAUAUUAGGACUAUUUCAAAUUUUGAAUUUAAUUUCUCCAUGUCAAUGUUAAGAUUCUAUGCCAGAGUAACUGGAAGAAAACCCGAUCUCUUUGUUGUGGCGGAAGGUGUAAUCGAAUCAUUUAAAGUCGACGAUACUAAAGCAGUGAAUGAACUUGGAUUCAAUAAUAAAAUUCCAUUAGAACAAAUGGUGCAAAAUUGUAUAACUUGGAUGAAAAAUAAUCACUAUUAUCAACAAUUCCUCAAGAUCAAGUUGAUCAGCAAUCCAAGUGGAGUUAAAAGAUUUCUACAUACUUUCAGUGCUACUACCUUUAGGAAACAAGAUUGUGUCAUUCAUUUCCGAAUCCACAUCUCAGAAUAA